GCAGAAAAGCCCUCAGCAAUGACAGUUGUUUCUCCAACAAAGUCAGUUGUUCAGUGGCUGUUCUUCACUGCACUGCCUUUUUAUUAUCGGGGACACGCAUUUAAAACCAGGUCAUUUGAUUGACACCAGGAUGAAGCUACUGUGGAAUUUGUUAUUUGGAAUUCUUCUCAUUGGACAACUUGGUCAAGGUCAAAUUGAAGACCUUCUAGAGGAGAAACUAGAGGAGCUAGUAGAGAAUGAAGCGACUGAAGACAGAGGAGAUGCUUUGACGGAGGCAACAGAUGAAGAGGUUGAAGAGCCUGAGGGCCCUGGAGCAGAUGUCAGUCAACCUGAUGAUAGACAGCCCUGUGGCAUGUGGAUGGGAGGUGUUCCUGGCACACCUGGGCACAGUGGGCAACCUGGGAGAGAUGGCAGAGAUGGGAGAGACGGACCAAGGGGCGAAAAAGGAGAUAAAGGUGAACCAGGUGAGAAAGGUGAUCCAGGAGAGAAGGGGGACGUAGGCCCUGCCGGACCAAGAGGCUUUCCCGGAAAUCCUGGUCUGAAAGGAGCCCGUGGUGAAAGUGCCCUGUCCUACCACUCGGCCUUCAGUGUAGGUCUCAGCGAACUUGUUCCUGCCACCAAUGUGCCAAUUCGCUUCAACAAGUUUUUUUAUAAUGACCAGCACCACUACGAUGAUGUUUCCGGCAAGUUCCUCUGCGUUCUCCCAGGGGUGUAUUUCUUCACCUAUCAUCUGACGGUUUACACCAAAGACGCUAAGGUCAGUCUUUACAAGAAUGACAAGGCCAUCAUGUUCACCUAUGACCAGUAUCAGGAAACCAAUGUGGAUCAGGCAUCAGGUUCUGUUAUCUUGAUAUUGGCGGCAGGAGAUGAGGUGUGGCUGCAGGUGUAUGGAGACGAGACGUUUGGUGGAGUCUAUGCAGAUAACACCAAUGAUUCCACCUUCUCUGGUUUCCUCCUGUAUCCUGACAUUCCUGUUCCCUCUCGAAGACGUUAAAAACACCCUGAAUAAUUCCGUUUGGCUAUUUUUAGUUUAGGGAAUAUGUAGUUCAUUCUUUCUCCAAACUGUAAUUAUGAAAUUCAACACCCUUUCUGCUUGAAAUUUGAAAUUCAUUUGUACUUAUUAUGUUUAGCAAGCACAGACAUUAUUUUGAUAUUGUUUUAUCUGCAUUUUCAGAAAUUUCAUAAAAGUAUCUCUUUGCUUUUCUAUUGUAAUUUGCGCCAAAUUACCCUGAAAUUAUUGAUGAAUUGCAGCCUCAGGCUAAAAGAUAUUAACAGAGCUCUUCAGCAUCUCUAAAAAAUUACUAAUACAUUUUCCAAGCCAAAUGAUUGAGAAGGUUUUAUAGAAAAUGCCACCAGUUAGAUGAUUUUAUAGAGCAUUAAUAGAGAAUAUUUUACAUACAAAGUAAAACCAAAAAGUCAAAAUUGUUAUAUUGCUAUAUUGCAUUGUGAGUAGACGUCAAUAUAAUAUGUCACCAGGUCCCUAUGAAGAUGGCUUUUUAUGUUCUGUUGUAGGCCUAUUAGACAGAAUUUGUAGGUGGCACAGAACCUCAUUAAUUAAGCAGUGCUAAAAUGUCUUUAAGUUUUUUAUUUGAUUGGAAGUUAUACAAACAUAGCUAGGUUUAUAUACAUAACCACAGUGUUCAGUCCAAUCUGUGCCAGUUUGCAUUCAAGAAGGAUGUGUGUAAGAAUAUGUCACUGACCAGACUCCAGCCUCAGCAGUUGUUGCAUGCAUGGUACAAUUUUUGGUGUAUUAUUGGUUUAAUCACUAAGGGCACAGAAGGAGCUGAAACAUGUCUCUAAACAUGCCUCUGCCUUUGCCACAAUGAAUACUUAGUUUUACUAAUUGAUAUAAAAUGUUUUGAAAGUUAAUGAUUAAUCUAAUAUGGAUUGUUUGCAUAAAACAUAAAAUUGUACUGUUAAUAUGCAAUGUUUAUGGCAGAAGACCGAAUCGGAAUGUAU